AUGCCGGAGUCCAAAGUCAUUCCGGCCUCGGCCACACCAGUGGCAAAGCCAACGGCUACUUUUACCGGCGAUGUUUACAUGGAGCUCAUCAACCGCGACGAGAACGCCGCCAUCGCAAACGUCACCUUUACCCCAUGCGCUCGGACGCAUUGGCACACCCACGUCGGAGGACAGAUGAUCAGAGUGCUGGCUGGCAGCGGAUGGGUUUGCGACAAGGGUGGCGAGGCUAAGCGAAUCAAGGCUGGAGACACUGUCUGGGCUCCCCCGGGCACAACUCACUGGCACGGCGCCGACGAUGGAAGCAUUAUGACGCAUUUUGUUGUCGGCAUUGGAGAAACGAAGUGGCAUGAGGCUGUCACGGAUGAGGAUUACAAGAAGCGGUCGGAAUGA